AUGUCGUCUUCUUCACAAUUUAAGCAGUUAGAAAAGCUUGGAAAUGGUACGUAUGCUACAGUGUAUAAGGGGCUGAACAAAACCACGGGAGUGUACGUUGCCCUGAAAGAAGUGAAACUGGAUUCAGAGGAAGGUACACCUUCUACAGCCAUUCGUGAGAUUUCCCUAAUGAAAGAAUUGAAACAUGAGAACAUUGUUAGACUUUAUGAUGUUAUUCACACAGAGAACAAGUUGACUUUGGUUUUUGAAUUUAUGGACAACGAUUUAAAGAAAUACAUGGACUCACGCACCGUAGGAAAUACACCAAGAGGGCUCGAAUUAAACUUAGUCAAAUACUUUCAAUGGCAACUACUGCAAGGACUAGCCUUUUGCCAUGAAAACAAGAUCCUCCACCGUGAUUUAAAACCUCAAAACCUAUUAAUCAACAAGAGGGGUCAGUUGAAACUGGGUGAUUUCGGUCUGGCCCGUGCGUUUGGUAUCCCGGUCAACACAUUUUCCAGCGAAGUCGUAACAUUGUGGUAUCGUGCUCCAGAUGUGCUAAUGGGUUCCAGGACGUACUCCACAUCGAUUGAUAUAUGGUCAUGUGGGUGCAUUCUUGCGGAAAUGAUAACGGGUAAGCCCUUAUUCCCUGGCACCAAUGACGAAGAACAACUGAAAUUGAUCUUCGAUAUCAUGGGCACUCCUAAUGAGUCCCUAUGGUCUAGCGUAACAAAAUUACCCAAAUACAACCCCAACAUCCAGCAGCGACCACCAAGAGAUCUACGUCAAGUGUUGCAACCCCAUACCAAGGAACCGCUAGAUGGGAAUCUCAUGGACUUUUUACAUGGACUCUUGCAACUUAAUCCGGAUAUGAGACUAAGCGCCAAGCAGGCUCUGCAUCACCCUUGGUUUGCAGAGUACUACCAGCACGCUUCAUAA